GUCGUCAUGCCCAGGUUGUGGUUGCUUUCAUCCUCACAUGAGAUUCGCCCUGGCGGCGGAACCGAACUGCACCCACCUCUACAGUGAAGAAGAGUCGAUGUCUUCGUUCGCAUCAUCCACUUACUUGGCAAGUUCGUCGGCGAGAGUAUCCGAUUUCGAAACGCCGAUCCGGGUAGAUCCCUCGCCCGGCGCCGACGCUAGUGGUGGUUUGCCGCCAUCUGCCGGAACCCUCGCCGUCGCCGCAUUCAUUCGCUGUCCUGUCCAGACUCCUUAGCCCAGUCCUGUCACCCUUCAAUCUCCAUCUUCGUCGAACUCGCACCCGGCCGCUUAUUUGAUUUCGCCUAGUAGAUCUCACUAUCCUCGACAGCGGCGGCGACAGCGAAGCAAGCGCUCCCAUCCCUCGAAGGCGGCAAAAGACAGAGCGGCUCCUGACGAUCGUCGAUUCAGCCCUCUUCGUUCCACCAUCAUCUGCUCCAAAGCACAUCCCUAAUGGGGUCUUGCAUUCGGAGCUUUAGGUAACUUUAAUAAAUACAUUAAUAUUUA